CACAGCCUCGCCAUCACCGCCGACGGCGCCGUUUGGAGUUGGGGCAAGGGCAGCGAGGGCCGCCUGGGCCACGGCGACGAGGAGGACGUGUUGCUGCCCAAGCAGAUCGCGUUCUUGGCUGGGCAGAGCGUCAUCGCUGUGUCGGCAGGAGAGAGUCACAGCCUCGCCAUCACCGCCGAUGGCGCUGUAUGGUCUUGGGGCGACGGACGGGGUGGACGCUUAGGCCACGGCCCGAGAGUUGAGGACACAGAACACCAUCUGCUCCCGAGGAGGAUUGAUGGCUCGCUGCCACCGCCGCCGGCGGCCACCACGAGAGGAGCAGAGGAGGCCGCGGCGGAGGGUAGUGGAGGUGAUGGGGCUGACUCCUCUGCGGCGGGCGAUGCUGCUGCUGCUGCUUCUGCUGCUGCUGCUGCUGCCGCCGCCGCCGCCGCCGCUGCCGCCGCCGCUGCCGCUGCUGCUGCUGCUGCGGCGGCGGCGGCGGCGGCGACUAGAGCCCCGGCGGAGGGGGGGGCAAUCGCCAUCUUCCCAAGGCGAUUUGCACACCACUAUGCACGCCCGGCUCGAUCUCCCGGUUGGAAGGAACGGCGAGUCGUUUCUGUGGCGGCGGGAGAAGAUCACAGCAUUGCCAUCACCGCUGACGGUGCCUUCUGGGUAUGGGGCAAUGGACAGGAAGGACAGCUAGGUCACGGUGUUGAGCCGGGUUUCUUCUUUCGGCCCAGGCAGGUUGCGGCUUUGGCUGGCCGGCGCGCUGUCGCUGCGGCGGCCGGAAGCUCGCAUAGCCUCUUCGUCACGGCCGACGGUUUGGUCUGGAGCUGCGGGUGUGGGGACGAGGGCCAGCUAGGCCACGGCGACAAGGAGAUGCAGUCGCGGCCCACGAUGAUUCGGGACUUUCAAGCGUCCGCGUCAGUGGCGCCGGCACGGGCUGCGGCAGAGGCUGCGGCGGCGGCAGAGGCUGCGGCGGCGGGACGGCAGAGGCUGAUGCAGGACCGGAUCGCGCGGCUGCACGCACUCUUCGCUGCGCGAGAGAGAGGCGGCGGCGGCGACGGAGGCGAAGGCGAUAGCGGCACCACAUGACACAGACACGCUCACCUCACUUGCACAGGAGAUGCGGGUGCGCGCGGCGCGGCGUCACCCACCCACCCACGUUCCGUCCGCUCAACCGCCCUCCUUGUGAUGUGUGUCAAUGUGUCAAUGGUGCCUGAUUUCUUAUUAUUUUUCUCUUGUGCCG